AUGAGGAGGUUCCGAGAAGAUCCCCGCACUCUGAAGGUUGUCGCUGAGCAGGAAGAAGAUUACAAGACGAUGGGCGAGACGAUCCGCAGGAAGGUUCCAGUAGUGAAUGCCAGGGGGAUCAAGCAGCAGAGAAACUGGAAGAACAAGAAGCUGCAUGAAGCGCGAGCGGAGAAGUGGAAGAAGCGGAUCAUAGCAAGAGCGAGGAAGGACAUCAACAGCAGGUUUGCUCCAGCUCAACAAGACAAGGCUCCUCCUCGCAAGAUCCCCACCUUGUGUGGGAUGCCGCUCCAAAAUGAAUUCUCAGAUCUGGAAGAGAUUCAUUUCAACUUCUCAAAGGCGAUCGACCAAGGAAAGAGCAGCGGCGCUCCUGAUGUGAUGGAGCGCAAAGAGACGAUAGCUGCAGCUCCUCUUGCAAACCUAAGCGCCAUGGUUGAUCCCAGACGAAAUCAGACCAAGAAGUCAUGUUGGAUGGACAAGUACGACAAGAAGAUGCAGGAGAAAGAAGCAGCGAGACGAGAAAAAGAGCACAGAAGGCAAGAGAUUGAGUCAAGAAAAGCAAAGGUAACGCUGUUGCUUCAGCCAGAGCUUGCUCCUACUUUAUUCUGUAUUGCUUCAUCUGUUCGAUUGACCUACGACCCGCAGGCGAAGGAAACUCGCAGCAAGUGGAGGAGGAAGCUCAACGCCAAGACGAGCAGAGGACAACCAGUCAUGCAGUAUCACAUCAUGAGGAUCUUGAAACAAGUCCAGCAAGAAUCCGCCGAACCCCCUCCUCCUGCCCCUACUGCCCCUCCUGCCCCUCCUGCCCCUCCACCUCCAGACAGUGAACGUAGCAGUGAAACUUAA